UCUUCCAAUAAAAGAAAGAUAAUCUAUUUAUGUCAUUGUACAGUCAACACGGUAUAUCCAAAUAUUCCUCAAGUAAAAUAGUUACCGUAAAAACAAGUUGAAAAGACUGUUUGUGGUAACAGGGUCUGCGAAAAUAACACGGGUUCUCAGAGAGAUCGAUUCGGGUUAUUUUUAUUAUGUUUUUUUGUAUUUUAGAGCUCAAAAUUGCCGCUGAGAUAUCUCGGAUUUGACUGAGGCACCAUUUUUCUGGUUAAUUUCGAGUCGUGCAGUGUCGAGGGUUUUAGGGUUUCUAAUUUUUACAUGGAACCCAUGGAUAUCGUGGGUAAAUCUAAGGACGACGUAUCGCUUCCUAAAGCAACAAUGUUUAAGAUCAUAAAAGAGAUGCUUCCCCCUGAUGUACGUGUUGCAAGAGAUUGUCAGGAUCUUUUCGUUGAGUGUUGUGUUGAGUUUAUCAAUCUGCUAUCAUCAGAAUCUAAUGAAGUUUGUGGCAAAGAGGAAAAACGCACAAUCGCGCCUGAGCAUGUUUUGAGAGCCUUGGAGGUUCUGGGAUUUGGAGAGUAUAUUGAGGAGGUUUAUGCUGCAUAUGAACAGCAUAAACUUGAAACAUUGGACUCUCCCAAAGCUGGGCGAUGGGCUAGUGGAGCAGAGAUGACUGAAGAAGAAGCUCUAGCCGAGCAACAAAGAAUGUUUGCCGAGGCCCGUGCACGCAUGAAUAAUGGGAAUGCAAAUCCUCCAAGGCAGUCAGAUUCAGAUUGACUAUCUACGACUUUGUGCUCCAAGAAUGGCUGUUUAUACUAAUUUGUGUAUUGUAUUUUACUCGAAAAAGCACCUAGGAUGAAGUCUAGCUUUCAUGUAAACUCUGUAUGAAGACACAAGCUCCAAUGAUUACGUAAAUCAAUUUUUUUGGUUUUGAUAUAA